CACCACCUACUACCGCACCUCCACAAUUCAUGACACAAGUGCAGAAAACAUUCGAUGAUGUGAUUCAACACUCCAAGAAGCAGCUGCUGUCCACAGAGAGACAGAUCAGAGCAGAGUUCAACAAGCUCCACCAGUUCCUGAGAGAGGAAGAGGAGUCCAGACUGGCAGCUCUGAGGGAGGAAGAGGAGCAGAAGAGGAAGACUAUCAGCAGAGAGAUGAAGAGGAUUGAGGAGCAGAUCUCCUCUCUGUCAGACAGUAUCUCUGCUGUUGAAGAAGAGCUGCAGAAAGACAACCUGUCGUUCCUCAGCAGUUAUAAAGCCACUCAGAGAAGAGCCAGAGGUCAGAGGUCACUGCCAGAUCCACAGCUGGUCUCAGGAGCUCUGAUAGAUGUGGCCCAACACCUGGGCAACCUGUCCUUCAGAGUCUGGGAGAAGAUGAAGGGCAAGGUGAAGUUCAGUCCCGUCAUUCUGGACCCAAACACUGCAGGUCCAUGGAUCCAUCUGUCUGAUGAUCUGACCAGGGUGAGAUAUGGAGACAAAUGGCAGCAGCUUCCUGAUAAUCCAGAGAGAAACACAAAGUACCUCAAUGUUUUUAGUUCUGAGGGCUUCAGCUCAGGGAAACACAGCUGGGAGGUGAAGGUGGGAGAUCAUCCCAGAUGGAAUAUCGGUUUGGCUAAAGAGUCUGUUGACAGGAAGGGAGAGAUAUCUGCUUCCAAAAAUGGAAUCUGGUGUUUGCUGCAUGAUGAUGAAAAAUAAAAUAAUGAUUUUAAUAAGACUCUGACAGUGAAUAAAAGUCUCCAGAGGAUCAGAGUCCAGCUGGACUAUGACAGAGGGGAGGUUUCCUUCUACGACUCUGAAGACAAGAGUCUCAUCUACACUUAUAGAGACACUUUCACUGAGAAACUCUUUGCUUAUUUUGGUGUUUAUAUUUCUGAGAAUGCUAAAACUUCUGAGAUCAAAAUCUGUGAAACUGAGAUUUCUUUUUAAAGUUCAAAGUUAUGUAUUUUUUAUUUCUGAAAAAUUUUACACUUUUAGCUCAGUUUCUAUCUGCAGUCCGAUCAAUAUUCUUAUGAAAUUAUUAAUAAACAUCUUUGAUUAUUGAAGCGUUUUAAACUUUUUUGAAAAUAAGAAUCUAAAUGUGUUACUAAAAAACUACAUUCAGAAUUAAAACAUCAGUGAAUGUAUCUUCUGUUAAUUUUGUGAGCUUUGUAUAAAAACAUGUUGAUUUUUGAAAGUUUUGAUCUCAGUUUCUAAUAUAGCAGAAAAUGUAGAAAAUAUUUGGGGAAAUGUUUUUCAAAUUGGAGAAAAUAUUUUUUUAUUAAUCUUCAUUCAAUUAUCUUUCUCACCCCCAUUGGACAUUUCUUCACAUUCUAUUAUUUUAAAAUGUUCUUUUUGUAACUCUGUUUUGUAAAAACUAUUUACUGAAUUUCAGAAAGAACAUAAGGAGCUCAGAUUCUUAACUGGGUUUUCUUGUCACCGUUUUUAAUUGUAAUAAUUCAUGUUAGCAGAAAAACUAAAUAUAAUACAUUUUCAGAUUCCGUUUCUUAAUGAUUGUUUUUGGCUCAUUAAUAUGAUCAUUUUUUUAAUUUCCUCAGUAUACAAUUUAUUCACAUAAUGUUAAACUGUAAAAUUGAAGGAACUUUCUCAAUAAAAAAACAAGUUUUUAUGCU